AUUCGUCCCGCCACUCGAGCCGAGGACGGACGUACGCGACGCGCGCGUAUUUAUGAACGAAGUCGUUCAUCGGCACAUUGCCCAGUGGUACUUAUCAUAAUUGUGUAAACAAAGUGUUCAUCCGUUAAAUACAUGUGUAUUUUCAUUCACUAGUUGUGUGAUGUGACAGUUAUGACAAGUGUUUUGAAGAAAUCUAGAGGUACAAAAGGAAAAUCUGAAUCGAUGCAGGAGGAUUUGCCUGCGAGAUGGAUCAGCUCCCAGCAGAAGACGGAGGAUGCUGGGAAACUGAUAAAAUACAUUAAUGACAAUAUAAUUGGAAAUGGAAAUGCAUUUUGCGGACCUUUUGGACGGAGAAAAGUGGUAUACUGCGACUAUAAUGGGUCCGGUCGGGCGCUGGAGUGCCUCGAGGAGUACGUGGCCAGUCAUGUGUUACCCACACAUGCGACUAGAUGUACAGCCAUGUCAUACACGUCGGGACAGAGUGAGAUCUACAGAUCGGAAUCGAAGCUGAUAAUCCGCUCAGCGGUCGGCGCGGACGCCGACGAUGCUGUCGUGCUCGGCGCGUCGUUGCCGCGCUUCUUGCGCGCGUUGCGGCCUGGCAACGUCGCGCUGUUCGUGUCGGCGCGCGAGACAGAGCGGCAACUCGCGGUGUGGCGCGAGUUCGAUGCUGAGAUCGUCAAAAUCCCGGAAACAAAAGAAGGUUUCAUUGACCUGAACAACCUAGAACAGAAGCUUCAGACAUACUCAGGAACGGGCAAGCGCAUGAUUGGCUUCUUCCCUGCGGCAUCCAAGCUCACAGGAGUUUUAGCCGACGAUGUGGCUACAACGCUUCUGUUACACCAGUACGGCGCCUGGGCUUUCUGGGACUAUACUUUAGUAGCCCCAACGUGUGCAGUUGAUAUGAACCCGACAUUCCCCGGGGUCGAAGAGGAGAUGGUCAAGAAAGAUGCGGUGUUCUUCAACUGCGAGAAGUUUGUGGGAGGAGUGCAAGGGCCGUACGUGGCUGUUGUCAAGAAGGACGUGUUUAGAAAUACUCCGAUUUAUUCUGAUGAUGUUGAGGUUCUCUGCGAAAGGAUUGAAGAGUGGAGAUGCACGGACGCGGUCAGAACAGCCCUCGUUAUGCAGCUGCGAGAUGCUGUGAGCUUGCAGACCAUUGCGGACCGACAGGACAAUAUUACCAGACAAGUCCUAUCUCACAUCAAGAACAUUCCUGAGCUGAUCCUCCUCGGCAGCGAGUCUCCGACCGCCCGCCGUCUGCCCAUCUUCUCCCUCAUGGUGAAGCAUCCUCGCGGCACGUUCCUUCACCACAACUUCGUGUGCGCGGUCCUGAACGACGUGUUCGGCAUCCAGGCCAGGGGCGGGCUGAACAGCAACCUGAACUACGGCUCCGAUAUACUGGGUAUUGAUGACCAACUGCUGAAGGAAUAUGAGAAACUGCUGCAUGUUGAAACACAAAAGGAGAUAGCACGAGUGAGGAAACUAAGCGCAGUCAAGCUUCCUGAUGUACCCAUACACAACGAGCACCUCAGACCUGGCUUCUGCAGGGUCUCACUACAAUACUUCAUGUCCGACAGCGAAUUGGCGUUCGUCCUUGAGGCAUUAAAAAUGGUUGCUACUGAAGGAUGGAAGAUAUUGCCGCAAUACGUGGUGAACCCGCAAACGGGACAGUGGAAACACCACACAUGCUCCACACUAAGAGACAGAAAAUCCCUGUAUUCAUUGAGGUUCAAUGACGGAAAAGUUACGGCCAACGAAAGAAGAGUCUCGGGUCCUGGAAUAUUCCCGCAAACAUAUACAGAAUGCUUGCAAACUGCCAGAAAUCUAUUCAACCGGGCAAGAAAAUUGGCAAUGAAAUGUUCGACAGCCGAGCCGGAAGUCAGUUUCAACCCGCGCAUCGACUAUCUGCGCUGGUUCAUGUUACCCAAAGAGGCCCAUGACCUUCUUCUGGGGCGGUCAGCGAAUGUCAAGCAUAUUGUGCCAUUUGAUCCUUCCGGAUACACCGGGGCCAGAAAGAGUCUACACACGAGAGCUAAUAUCGUCUCAUCACCUAUCUUAGGUUCGUCGCCGCGUCACUUCAGUCUUUCAGCUAUCGACGACUGUCAGAUAUUCAGAUUGAAGCAGAAACAAAAGUUCUAUUCAAGAGAGGCUAGUCUUAGAGAGACGCCACCGAAGGAAGAAGGUACUCCGAUGUCGCAUCCAGUUAAAUUUGCUGUUGGAGAAUCAAUAUCGCCUCUCCGCCUGUGUCCGCAGUCAGCGCAGCCUCUGCUUAUUCGAUCGAGAUGCUACAGUUUAGGAUCGGAUAGUCCUGCUGUAGCAUUCAGUGCCCAAACAAAACUGAACCUCGGGUUGAAGGAAACUAGUCCAAGCAGUAUCACCGAGAAAAUUAGUUUCUGUAACUGCGGGAGUCAGACUGAUCUCCAAUCGUUGGAUGAUCCCAUGAUCUCACCUCCAGUAUUUCCUUUUAGUACUCAAAGCAGCACAUCUGACUGUAGUCAGCUUGGACGCUCAUCUCCAACAAUGUCUUUGACAUCGCAGACAUCUGAGGAUCUCCAGGCCUAUGUCAAAGAGAUGACAAAAGAUAUAUGUACUGAGAUUAAGUCAGAAAUCCGCGAAGUAAUAUCCAGGGUAGAUGACAUUUUGGAAAAUUCUGAAGCACUUGAUCAGUCAAAUGUUAGUAUAAACUCAAUUUCUAGUCAGAGUGAUAGGAAUUCUGUAUCAGUGAUGGAUGUAGCUGAGUAUCUAAUGGGAAUGUCAAAGGAAAUGGCUUCUGAAGUCAAGAGCGAGAUCAGGGAAAUGGUUAAUCAGGUUGACGAGAUGAUAUCACCUGAAUACACCGGAAAUAGUUCCAGAAAGAGUUCACCUCCACAAACGGGAAGAAAUAGGAUAGGAUCUGGACCGGAGUUAGGAUUAGAUUUGAAAAGAACAUCGCAGUGUUUGAGAAAGUGUCCCACGAGCCCUGUUCUGCCGACUCAGUUGGAUAUUGAAGAAGAAAACAGACGUUUCAAAAGAUCGCCAUCCUCGCCAUCGCCAAAAUCUGCUCAGUGUACACCUCUGCACGAAGCUUCGGGCCCGCACAACAUUUCAUUUAACUCCAGUGAGACUUCAACGCCAGAAACUAUUAUCCAGGUGGUGACGUCACAGAACUCCCCAAACAUGCCCAAGUCGAUAAGCUCAAACAAACUCUCUGACGACGAAGCUUGCUCAGACACGAUCUGUAGACAUUGUUCUGUCAAAAAACAUUGGUGCCAAAACCCUUCAGUCAGCUCACAAGACAGUGGAAUUAACAUGUGUUACACUGAGACUGAUUCAUAUUUAGAGUUUGUAAAAUGGCGAACGUCUUCUGACCCAACAACAACCAACAAAGCCAAGAAGCUUCAGGGUAGACUGAGAAUGUGCCAAAAACAUGAUAAAAGCGAGGUGCCAGACAUCAUCGAGGGGGUGCCAGUGUGUUCGGGUGACCACGGUCGCUCCGCCAAGAGAUACAGUGAGGUGGUUGCUGAAGGAAGAGUGGUCUUUGACAUACCUGACGACCAGGAAAAUAAAGACAGAUGUAAGGAUAAACGGUCCAGCCGAUCGUCGAAUGCGUCGAGCGGUUCGGAGAACAGCUCGCGCUCGAGCGGGUCGAGCGGCUACGGGACCGACCAGAGGGAUUCGCGGGACGAGCUCUUUGAGAAAGGCAGCUCGUUCAAGCCUGAGUGCUGCUGGGAGGAGUCAGAGCAGGACGACAGCAGUGCGUGCUCCGAUACGUCGCUACCCGACUUUACGUUAGACGACGAAGGCAAGUGGCACUGCCCGCCGAAGGAUGUGUGGAAGCCCACGGUUGAGGCGAUUCAAGAAUACAACAUGAUCCGAGCCGGCGACAAGGUGCUGGUGUGCUUGUCAGGAGGCCGGGACUCCAUCGCGCUUCUCCACACCAUGCAUCAGUACCAGUUCUACGCAAGGUCCAAGGGCACGCACUUUAGCAUCGGAGCGUUAUUCGUGCACGAGUCAAACUCGGACGUGGACCCGCUGCACCUCAUGGCGUACUGCCGGACCCUGGGCGUGAAGCUCAUCUACCAGGACAAGCUGGACGACGAAGACUCGCAAAGGCGCAACAGCAACCGCGCAGAGCUCCACCGCUGGGCGUCGCACGCGGUCCGGCGGCGCGCGUACGCCGCGGCGGCCGCUCACGGCUACGGCGUCGCAGCUAUCGCACAACAUCUAGACCAUGCUGCGAGAGCGUUCAUAGCUAGCGCGUUCCAUGGCGGCGCGCUAGAGACUGUCAAGGCUCAUUAUAGAGUCAGGGAGCACUCACUGCGCAUAAUUCGGCCGCUGAUCUACGUGCGCUCGCGCGCGCUGGACGCGUUCAGCGGCGCGCGCGCGCUGCCCGCCUUCCGCGCCGAGGCGGCGCCAGCGCUGCCCGACGCGCACCACGCGGGGAAUGAUGGAGAAGAACGUGAGCAUUCAACAGAAUCGGUACAAGUGCGGCGUUCCAUCUCCGAACUGGACUGUGCGAGAGAUGUGCUGGCACUACACGAGAGACUACAUCCGUACCUGUUCACCAGUCUGAAGAGCGCCUUGCAUCCACUGAUCAGCGCAAGAAACAUCGAGCAAGAUCUGAAAGAGCAUAGACACCGGAAGAAGUCGGUGAUUCAAAUGAAGAACGGAGCACCGGUGUACGACUCCGAGGAGGGGACUGACGAGGAGCCCGUGCCAUAGACAAACUCUCUGACGAAUUAUUGCUAUACGGUAGGACACUGGUCUUUGAUUAAUUGUAAUUGAUUAACUCAUUCAGGGCCAAGAACCCGACUGUCGGGUACACCGUUCGUAGCGAUUACGCGCUACAUACGGCAAAGACGUGGCUACGCGCUACGAGCGUAACCCGUAGCACUUAGUGGCAAUGAAUGUGUUAAAUGACAUUGCCAAGGCAGCCAUUUCAACAUUACUUGACUCAGUGGUAUUUUAUUGUCAAAAAUAUUGUUUUCGGCAAACUUACCGGCUGUUGUAAGCUAAUUUUACGGAUACGUAGUGUACGUAGUACGUACGAGUAUGUACAGUCCUAGUGGCCUAGGAAUGUACGUACGAGUACGUACAGUUCUAGUGGCCUAGGAGUCAAAACGGUUAACUGUACAUGUAAAUGUAGGUUAUAGAUUUGUAACUUUUUAAAUAAUCGCAUGAUUGUUCAAUGACCAGAAUCAUACAUUGACAGAGUAUAGUUAUAUCUGUUGUAGUUUUCGCAGAAAUAUUAUUGUGAUGUUUCAGUGAUUAUUUUAAUAUUGUGAUAGAGAAUAGAUAAUUAAAUGUGUUGAAUUGACCUCAUAGUUUGUACGUUUGAAAUUCAAGUCAUAGUGUUGUGCGAGUGUGAUUAGAUUAAAAAAUAAAUUUAUUUAGGGUUGCCAUAUUGAUAAUUAUUUUUUCUACUAUAAAUCAAAUAGGUAUGUAGGUAUAGCUAUUUCAUACGUUAUUUUUUAUGCGAGCGUGUUAUUAAAAUGCAUUUGUAACAGGAACAGGACGUUCCAUUUAUUAUACAAAUAAUUGCAUGUUUUGUUGAUUGUGUGGUUAUACUGUUUUAUACAUAUGAAAAUAGAACAGUAGAUAUAUUUA